AUGACAUCCCGCAAUGCGCCCAUGAGCGUAGCCGACUUGGUCGCGCAAGCUGGCAACUACACAUACAAUGCGCACAUACCCUUGGCGAACUGGUUGCGCACAGCCAACACUAUGCAGAAGGAGGCGCAAGUCUACGAGGCCGAAGGAAACGACGCGCAGACAUACCUCUUACUCUACCGACACGCCGACCUUGUCCUCCAACACCUGCAAACCCACCCAGACAAGAGCAAGCCUGAAAACCGAAAAGCCCUCAGUGCUGCGACUGCCGCUGUGCGUGGUGACCUGAAGAAGCUCGAGCAGAUCGCACCACGGAUAAAGAGGAGACACGAAGAGUACCAGGAGAGACGAGGGCGGCAGCUGGAAUCUCUGAAGGUACUCGGGGGCAAGAACGCUAAGACAUUGCCCCAAGAACUCGACGGACUCUCGGUACAGGACAGAGCUCCACGACGGACCUCUUACGGCGAGAGGCCAGCACUGGAUGCGCGAAAUCUAGACAACCAUUCAUUGGCGGCGAGGCUUGCGCAGAGAGAAGUGCGACGACGAGAUGUCCAUCGCCGAGGUGUACGGCAGGCUGGAGUGUCAGAAGAGGAGGAGCAGGAGCGCCGGACGGGCGGUGUGUGGGGACCAUGGGACGAUGAGUAUGCACGCCACAGUCGUCCGGAGGACGAUCUCUCGAGCCGAAUCCAGGAGGUUGCGCGCCUGCAGCGAGAUGGGCAGCAGACACCGUACUCCCAACGCCCAACAUCUCAGUCCUCGACACCAACAUACAACUACCCCUCUAUACCUCAUACAUCGGCUCAAGAUCGAUGGUCUCAGUCCAAGUCGCAAGCCCCUUCAUUACCAGCUCGCCCACCGAAAGAGCAGAUCUACAGGCCCACAGGCACGCCUUCGAUCCCACCACCCCUCCCUCCAAAACCGUCGACACCAUCACAGUCAGGCUCAUCCUCCUUUUCACAGCCACCUCCCGUACCGGGCAAGUACGCUUCUGGUCCUCCACCUAUCCCAGGCAAAUAUACUGCCGAAAGACCGCCCACGCCGUCUAACGAGCUCGACGAAUUCACCUUCCAACCCUCGGCUUUCCUCGAAAACGGCGAUCCACUGCGUCCCGUCUUCCUCCCCGCCCAACUUCGCUCUCAAUUCCUCUCUUCUGCAUCACACAACACCCGUUUGAACUUGGAGACGUGCGGCAUGCUCUGCGGAAUCCUGAAGAACAAUGCUUUAUUCAUCACACGACUUAUUAUUCCCGAACAAACAAGCACAAGUGACACCUGUGAGACGCUCAACGAAGAAGAGCUGUUCGACUACUGCGACAAGGAAGAGCUACUGGUCGUGGGCUGGAUACACACACACCCGACGCAAACGUGCUUCAUGAGUAGCAGGGAUUUGCACACGCACGUCGGGUACCAGGUCAUGAUGGCCGAAUCGAUUGCCAUUGUGUGCGCCCCGUCCAAGCAGCCGAGCUGGGGCUGCUUCCGUCUGACGGAUCCGCCAGGCAAGCAAACAAUUCUCAGUUGUAGCAAACCAGGUAUCUUCCAUCCGCAUGACGUGGACAAUAUUUAUACGGAGGCGUUGAAGCCGGGACACGUGGUGGAGCUUCAGAAUGCGCCGCUGGAGAUUGUGGAUAUGAGGCCGAAGAAGAACUUUGCUUCCAUCACGCAGUAG